AAAUAUUUAUCAUUUAUAUAAAUGUAACUGAUAAAUAUCUGUCAGUACGUAGCUGCCGGCUGUGAGGAAAGCAAAAGCGCUUAUAUGGAGAAGUGAUAGUUUUAAAGUUAUUUAAUUUUAAUUGAAAUAAGAUGACGAAAUUAUUAUUGCUGGCAUUCUUUUCUAUAAUACUAAUGAUAGAAGCAGGACCAGUCAUGACGAGAAAGACCCUGAUGCGUCAGGAAUUCCAAGGCACUAUGUGUUCGAAACUAUUGAAUUUUAACGGAGUGUACGCUUUCAUGGAACAAUUGACUAACGUAAGCGGUAUCCCGGCAGACUUGAGGGUUCACUGGAAGACUGGGAAUGUGUUCUAUACACUAGUAAGCAAUGAAAUGAAAAUGAGCCUGCAAGUACUAAGGACCAGUGGCGAAAUUGAAACAAUCAAAGUAGCUGGCCUGGGACAAUCGGCUACUGUAGAUAACCUAAAUGACAUUGUAUAUUUAGCCACAGAUAACGGUGUUUAUAAAUAUAAAGAUGACGGGUCUAUUGAACUGUUUACAGCUCUAGGCGAAGAUGUAAUGUAUGUGGCAGUGACGAAUGAUGGAACGGCGAUGUAUGUAGCGACAUGGCCGCAAAAUAGAGUCCAUAAGAUCAACAAUGAGACACAGAUGUUAGAGACCUUCUCGCCAAUAUCGAACGGGCACGGUUUGACGAUUGAUAUGAAAAAUAAUAUUUUCUUCGUCGACGUGGCAACGGAGAUAUUGUACGUGCUCAAAAGUGGAGAUACGGUGCCUAUAAAGAUUAAAGGAUUGCACGCAAAUAAAAUGAUUAAUAUAUUUGUAAGCAGAUCAGAUGCAGUUUAUGCAAUGGAUGAAAAUAGUAAUUAUUAUCAAAUAGAUGUUGAGAAUGAAACGGCGAGACUUUUGCGUAAUUUCAAUGUAACAGGUGUUAACAGUUUCGCUAUGGAUUCAGCCGAUAAUAUAUUGAUAGGUGUGAAGGGGGUGAUUUUGAAAUAUUAUAUUUAUGAGAAAAACCCAUGCAACGAAGUACCCAUAUUGAGUCGACAAAAACAACCAUAUAUGAAAAGACGUAAGCCGAAAAGACUGACUGCAACUAGUACUGAUGCAAACGAAGAAGAAGAAGAUGAAGAUUGAUUUAUUAUUAAAUUUUAUUUAUGUUUGA